UGUUAAUAGUUGUGUUUCCAUGUAUUGACACGCUGGUCGCGAUCAUAUCGCUGUGUCGUCUGCUUUUCUAUUGCCUACUUGGAGUGUUCUUGCUUAUUAUUAACAAUAAUUAUCUUGUUUUGAGAUUUGUAAUUAAUGCUAUGGCACUGUACAUUUCUUACGGCACCGGUAUUUUCCGAAUAAGUAACCGAGGACUAUGGGAUUCCAGGCAAUCAUUUCAUUUUGUAUCACAAUUUCAUCAAAACAAUGCACAACACACAGUAAUCCAAAAUAAUCCUAGUAGUAAGGAAAAUAGGUCCAGUGACAGUUUUGAUAAUGUCUAUGCAGCCAACCAUGUUCCUCUAUCAUUUGUCCAACGAGUGUUACUGUCCAUGGGUUCAGCUGGCAUUUCCUUGUCAAAUCCAUCGAGAGGAGAUAUGAUAGCAACCUUGGGAGAAACUACUGGUCCAUGUGCCCUGCAGUCCAUGCUACAGUCAAUGGAAAAUGAUAAAGAAGGAAGAUCUAUUUUAAGUGAAAGACCUCGAAUCAAUACAAAAACUCUUGACCUACAAAAACUUCAUCAAAUGCCAGAUGGCUCUCUUGGAAAAGCAUAUUCCAAUUUUCUUGCUGUAAAUAAUGUUAGUCCGGACACCAGAGCGAUAGUUCAAUUUGUAGAUGAUGUUGAACUAGCGUAUGUGAUGCAGAGGUACCGAGAAGUACAUGAUUUAUUCCAUACAAUUCUUCAAAUGAGGACUAACAUGCUAGGUGAAGUGACUGUGAAGUGGGUUGAAGCCAUCCAAACUAAAUUGCCAAUGUGUGUAGGUGGAGCAGUCUUUGGUUCUAUUAGAUUGUCUAAAAAGCAACGACAGAAGUACAUAACUCACUAUCUACCUUGGGCAAUUAAAACUGGUUGGGACAGCAAGUCAUUAAUGAAUGUUUACUUUGAGAAGCGUUGGGAUCAACCAGUAGCAGAGCUUCAAAAAGAACUUAAUAUAAAUGUUCUGGAGUUUGAAAAAGACACAUAUAUUUUAUCAGAAGAUACUAUCAGAAGAAGUAAAUCAGUGAAUCAAAAUUAAAUUAGUAAUACUGACAUGAAAAUUUUAUUGUUCAUCAUGAAUAAUUUUGUGUAAGGAAAUGAUCAAUGUACAACAUAAUAGUCUGUAUGUAAAAUAGUAUUAGGCAAGGAGGGAAAAAGAAAACUUUACAUCAUAGAGGCCAAAGAAAUAGAAAUUAAAGAGAAGUUCUGGAAAUAAUUUAUAAAUCAUUCCUUUGAGAAGAAAUGCGCGGCUCAAAGAUGAAAACUGUACAAAAUUUCAGAAAAUUACAAGUUAUAUUGCACACAUAAAAUCAGAUGUUUCAAUAAAAAAAGAACUGACCUUUUUUCUUGCCAGCA